AUGAGGGGACUCAAAAACAUUUUACUAUGGAACUUGAUGGCUGCAGUAAUCCUCUUGGGUCAAGCAAGGCCAAAUGUGAAGCUCAAUUCGCAGUCAAGCAGUGGUCUAAGGUCAGACUGUGCAGGUAAUCUAAUGAGGCUGUCGUUGGACAAGGCUCUAGCAGUGGGGAACCAGCUUGAGGUGGAAGCCAUCAAUGGCACCCAGCACAUCGUGUUAACACCCAGCCUGGCUGCUCAGUGUGGGUACAGCAUGGAGUCUGACCCAUGGGGCAACACCAGAAUCUACACGUCUCUAAUGGGCUGCUAUGUGGACAACAAAGACGACACGACAUUUAAUGUUGGGUUGAGACUCCAGAUGUACGGCCAGAGUCCAUCAGAUGUGGCCAGUCAUGAUGUGACUCAGACAUGCAGCUACUCUCGGUGGGCCUCCAGAGAGGUUCUCUGCGACAGGAACUACAUGGAAGUGUCAAAACACAUGGCUACACCUGAUGCUGGAGCUAAGGGGCAGGCUCAGGAUGUUAAAGAUGACUUGCAGAUCAACACCAUUCCUGGUGCGUCAGGUGCAGCACAUGGUGUCUGGAAGAUGACAUUUUUCACUCCAGAACCAGUGGCGAUGGUGCUGAUGGAGGCUGAACAAGCUGGCUAUACUGCCAUGACUACCUCAACCCGUCUGGUUAUGCGAAGCCCAUACAAUACAGCAGAGACUUAUUCUGAGGAUGUGGCUGGAGUCCCCAUGGCAGUUUUCAGGGCGAGUGUUUACUACAAGGCACCACACGGUUUGAGUGUUGAGAACUUGGCAGCUGCCUGUCCCACAGGUGGCACACUCUUCACUGAGGAUGUGAUCUCUUGGCACAUACCUCGCCGUGUGACACCCCUGAUAGAUGGCAGCUUUAAAAUCUUGGAAAUGCACAUGGGCAUCAAUGGGCAGAGGCUGGAUAAAUCUCAGAUGGCUGCACGAGGGUACACGCUAUCUGCAACAGAUUUUCACAUCGUUAUUGAGAUCCCAGUGGGCUCGCCUGAUGGUUACUACAAGAGCCAUGCCCCAGAUUACCAGUACCACAUCACCUACAGUGUGGAGCCCAUGCUUGAUGUGCUGUGGAGGGGAGAUGACACCCAAGAUGAUACCAGAUACAAGGUUUUGUUCCCUAUUACUACCCCUCUGAUGCCCAGACCUCCCCAGGCUGAAAACAAUACUGUCCUAGAGGACAGGCUGUUCAGUGUUCACUUGGGGACCUUUCUCCAUGAUGUGGUGCUCAGGAACAUCACCUUUUCUACUGGUGUCCUCACUGUUGAGGAAUGCAAUUCCAGAGGUUUUGCUGUCCAGGAGCACAGCCUCCCCCAUGGAAGAAAGAGCUUCUCUUUGCAAGUGCCCUUUGAUGCUGAUGUUGUCCUGAAACAUAAUCCUGAACCCUUGGUUACAGUCUACUCCCUCCCUUUGAUCUUUGCGUUCCUCAUUCUGCCUGAAGAAACUCCUUUUGCCCAUCCAGUAGAUUUAGAGGCAUCUCUGCAGGAUGUUGUGCUACCCACCAUCACUGGCACCUGUGACAAGAACGUUUUUUACGUCCAUGUGAAAUACGGGAGUCAAGGCUCCAGUUUCCAGACCAUGGUUGGGCCUAUGCAGCUAAACCCUGAGCUGGGUGAGGCCUACAACUUGAAAGACAACGGCACACACCUCAGUCUUGUGGUGCCAUACCAGGCCAAGGCCACUGGGUUUGAGAUAAUUAACUCCGAUUCAGUCAGAGCCCGACUUGACAUUCUACUAUGGGAUCCAAUCAACAACUGGGUGCUUGGAGAUUUCUAUUUGGCCUGCAAUUUUCCCUUGAUGACGACUAACUGCUACCCAAAUGGAACAAUGACUGCUCUGGCUGUGAAGGUGGAAUCAGUCCCCAAUCUUGAACCAAGUUUACUGACUCUGAAGGACAAGUCCUGCAAACCAGUUUUCAGCAAUGAUCGAUUUGCUUACUUCUCCUUCAGUGCUGAUUCCUGUGGGACCACUAGAACGUUCUUUGACCAAUACAUGCUGUAUGAAAAUGAGAUUGGCCUGUAUUACAACAGCAACAAAGGAGUAGCCUACACAUCACCAAUUGAUCCUGAAUACAGGCAAACAGUUUCCUGCUACUAUGUUGUCAAUGAGACUCAGACUGUUGCGUUCAGCUAUAAACCGAGAAGCAAUAACCCUGCAGCAGAGAUUGGGUCAGGACAACUGAUGGUGCAAAUGAGGCUAGCCCAAGAUUCUUCAUAUGAACACUUCUAUGAAGCAGAACAUUAUCCAGUAGUGAAGUACCUGAGGGAGCCUCUGUAUUUUGAGGUGGCGCUGAUGCAAUCCACUGACCCCCAUUUGGAGCUCAUCUUGGCGAACUGUUGGGCGACUCUCCAUGAAGACAGGACGUCGCUGCCCAGCUGGGACAUCAUUGUGGACAGCUGUGAGAACCAUGACGACAGUUAUGUGACCAUUUUCCAUCCUGUUGUGAGCGAUGCCAGAGUUGCUGUCCCAUCCCACUUCAAACGUUUCUCUAUGAAGAUGUUUACCUUCACUAAAGAUGACGAGGUUCUGAAAGAUGAGAUCUAUGUCCACUGUGAUGCAGUGAUUUGUGACACAAACAGCCAAGCAGAUGGUGCCUGCAGAGGCCAGUGUGCGCAUCAUACAGGCAUGAGUAACUCCAGACAACAAGGGAUAAAAGUAAAAAGGGAGCAAAGAAGUACAGACUCAAGCAACCAAAGGCAGAUCUCAUCUGGACCUAUUGUUCUGUUAAACCCUCAAAUUUCUAAAUAA